AGGUGUCGGAGAUAUCGAUCCAGGUUUCCGUCGUAGUUACAAACUCACUCACUCACUCACAAGGGCUGGGAAAUAAAACACACACACACACACACACACCGACCUGUUCGACGAGUGCAAAUUAAAUACAAACGCGGGGAAAAUGCCCAAAAGGAAGUCACCUGUUGGAGCGGAGGGGAAAGACUCUACUAAAGUCACAAAGCAGGAGCCGACUCGGCGGUCAGAGCGCUUGUCCACGAAACCGGCUGCUGCCAAAACCGAACCCAAACCCAAAAAACCUGCAGUUAAGAAGGCCUCCGAUGACAAAGUGGCAAAAGGAAAGAAGGGCGGAGCCAAAGGGAAGAAGGAGGAGAAAGAGGGAGUGCCCACUGAGAAUGGAGAGACCAAGCCAGAGGAAUCUGAGACCACUGAGGCCGAGGCUGAAGAUAAGGAGUGACUCUAUUUGGCUUUCUGGGGAAAGGAAAAGACUUUUUUUUAAUUCUUUAUCGAGUAUUUUGUAAGAUGCUAACUUUUUUUAGACUUCGUCAUUGUAGAUUUUCUUAGCGACCUCACACUCCUCCCAGAAGUCCUUGUUCUUCUCCACUGUCAUCACCGGAUCAGACAGAUGUAUCAGCGGGCGGGGCGGGACGGGGUGGGGGGUUUUGUUGGAGGACAAAAUUUUUUUUUUCUUUUUCUUAAAUGUUACACCAGCAGCAGCAGCCAUAUCAGUUCCUAAUUUUUAAGUCAGUCGGAAACCUACGUCCCACAUCCCACGUCCCCGCCAUUACCAUAACAGCACGUGCUUAACAUUAGCGCCGCGCCGAACGAGCCGCCGGGACGUUCACGAGCGUGUAUUUUGUUUAUUUUUUAUUUCCCAGUUCUAAUCUCUUGUUUAAUCACAUCGUUCACUGUAAAAAAUUGCAAUUUAAAAAAAGGUUUCUACAAUUUUUAUUUAUUUUUUAUUUUUUCCCACGAAUUUGAAUACGACCCUUUUGAUGAAACGGCACAUAACCAUAGCAAUAAAACGCAGAGUGCUGAGAGUGACGUUCGUUCUGAAUCCGAACCUGACGUGCUUCUGAAGAUCCGCCUGUCCGGCUGUGAUCUGUGAUCAAGUUUUUAAAUAAAACCAUGAAAGAAA